CUGGGCAAGUCAUUUAACCCACAUUGCCCCCGCAAAAAAAAAAAAAAAGACUGUACUAGGAAUUGGGGUAGGGGCUCCCCAUUUGUGGGGCUGUUACAGCAGAAUUAUAGAUCUACGGCUGCAAGGAAUCUCAGAAGUCACCUGGACCAGGGCUUCUUUUGCGCCCAAGAAAUGCUUACCCGAUCCAGCUAUACAGGUGUCACGAUGGACCUUGUACUGAAUAUUGCAGAUUAUUACUUUUUCACACCAUAUGUAUAUCCAAGUACAUGGCCAGAGAAUGAAAUCAUCCGACAAUCUCUCAGCCUCCUAGUUAUAACAAAUCUUGGGGCUUUCUUUUUAUAUUUCCUUUUUGCAACUCUGAGCUAUUAUUUUGUCUUUGAUCAUUCAUUGAAGAAACAUCCACUUUUUUUAGAGAACCAAGUAUAUCGAGAAAUUAAGCAUACUGUCCAAGCACUGCCAUGGAUAAGCAUUCCCACAGUUUUAUUGUUUCUGCUAGAGGUCAGAGGUUACAGCAAACUGUAUGACAACAUAGAAGAUUCAACAUAUGGUUGGCCUGGAGUCUUUUGUAGUAUGCUAUCCUUCCUCUUCUUCACUGAUAUGGCGAUCUACUGGAUCCAUCGGGGCCUUCAUCAUAAACUUGUAUAUAAGCGUCUACACAAGCCUCAUCACGUUUGGAAGAUUACUACUCCAUUUGCAAGUCAUGCUUUUCACCCAGUGGAUGGCUUCCUUCAGGGUCUACCAUAUCAUAUAUAUCCUUUCAUCUUUCCAUUACAUAAAGUAGCUUAUUUAGGCCUGUAUAUUUUUGUGAAUGUCUGGACAAUUUCCAUUCAUGAUGGUGACUUCCGAGUUCCAAAGUUCUUAGAAGCAGUUAUUAAUGGCUCAGCCCAUCAUACAGAUCACCACCUUUACUUUGACUAUAACUAUGGCCAAUAUUUCACACUGUGGGAUAGAAUUGGAGGUUCUUUCAAGUAUCCUUCUUCUUUUGAAGGCAAGGGGCCACUCAAUUACAUGAAGACGAUAACUGAAGGAAAAUUAAAUGGCCAUGCAGGAAAUGGUUGCAAGAAUGAACAGUUUUUCAGUGGAGAGAGUUUAAAGACUAAGUAGAUUGUUGCCCAAUCACUGCUAAAUAGCAACAUCUGGUAUUAAAAAAAAAACCCUAUUCAACAGGCAACCAAGGGAUAUCAUCAAAUUGAACUCUUCUGGUGUCACUUAAGAGUCAGCACUUUCAGUGCAACUAUGAUAUGAUCAUGGUGAUGGAUUGCAGCAGGAUGCUGCAAGCACCAAAAUCUGGACCCCACAGUUCCAACACUAGAUAUUGGACUAAGGUCUAUCUUAACUAUUUGUUUCCUGCUGGGAAAGCUGUGGUUCAUAAGGUUUACAAAAAUGUACAGAAAGAAAAUGAUGAAGGGUAGCAGGGUGAUUGUAUGUAAUGGACCUUGUACUCCUGUUCAUUGAGGAAGGCUAAUUUUGUUUAAAAACCAGAUUUAGUGCCAUAACAAAGAGCUUUUAAUCUGAGGGUGGAAAGCCUUAUUGUGGCAAUGUUAAUUGAUCUGUUAAAGGUGAGGUGACUACAUGCAGCACUUUAUUUAAAUGAGAAUGUCUUUGUGAAGUUACAGAUUUUAAAAUUAGCAACUAAAUAAUGUAAGCUAAUUAAUAGCCAGUAUGACAAGAUUUGCCGUCCUCCUAUACCAAGGAAACUCAUUUUGGGGGACUGCGCCAUAUGUAAAGUUAAUUGGACUCUGCUAUCUUACAGUGAAGUGAAUAAAUAGAAUUUUUUUCCCUAAAUUGAAACUACCCAGGUUUUAUUUAUGACUCAUUCAGGUCUAAGAUUACAUAAAUAAAAUUUUCAGGUGUUUUAAAAAAUUUAAAACAAUAAUAAUCACUUUGGUUUAAUGCUUGAAUCUGAAUGUACUUUAAAAAGUGAAAUUUGAUAUCCGAAUAAGAAUAUAUUUGACAGUACUAAUUUUAUAUUAAAUUGAUGCACUGCACUUUUGAUAUGUGUCAAAGCUACAUAGCUGCAAUUUUCUAUAAAAUGGAAAUAAUUCCUAAAUAAAUAGUGUGGAAGAUUAAUUUUGCAAUUAAAUCAUUCCCCCCAAAAAAGAUUUAGGUAAAUAUUGUGCAUGAUAAAAUAAAUACGGUUUGCAAAAGCAUUCUAUGCAACUAUGUAAAUGUCAAUAAAAAUUAAACACAGUUGUCAUCAAAUUGAUCCAAUUAAAUCUUUUGACUACAUAGCAAGGACUUUAGUGUUCUGGUUUUUGUGUAAAGUUGAAGCAUAAACAGCAUGAAAUGUCAAAGAUGUGCACAGAUGCCAAUUAUUAAAAAUGCAUAGACAUUGAA